AUGUCAGAAGUCUGGGUCCCCGGUCUUGCGCCCGCCUUGCUACUCAGCCUGCUGGCGGGCCUCCAACGGGUGAGCGCCCGGGAGGUGAGUAAGGCUGUGGAGCUCUUCGCGCCCUUCGCCGUGGGACAGGGGCCUGCCUCUGAGCCUGGUCACCACCUUCCCUUGUCAGGAUUUCCUUGUGACCACAUGCAAUUUCGUUCAAGUCUAGAUGUGCUUUCAUGUAAGUCUGAGACUUCAGCCACAACUUCCAAUCUGGGCUGUCCUAAAGGAGUCAAGUGUUGUGACUCAGACUGCUGCUUGGAUGUCUUCCCUGGCCCCUUAAAGAUCUUCCUCAUCACCUUCCUGGUUGUCCUGCCCCUCUUGUGCUUCUGUGGCCUGGCUAAGCGCUUCUGUUGCAACAGCAGACAUCUGGAACGAGACCCUGCAGUGGACCAGGGGCCCCAAGAUCCUCCCUCCAGUGCCCCCCCAAAUAGGGUCUGGGCCCCCACCUUUGGGCCCCCACCCCCUUACAGUGAGGUUAUCCCAAAGCCCGCCCUGGGCCCACCUCCCACAGAACCACCCCCUCCCUACACCCUCAGGCCUGAAGAACAUGCUGGCAUGCCGAGGGGCAUUGACAACCCCGCCUUCUGA